GCUGCGUCUGUGUCUAGAGGGAACUGUCCAUCUUCAAUCGCGCUACAGAUGGAGUUUUCCUUAUCGCUCAAAGCCAAGCGAUUACAACUUUCAGAUGUUCGUUUGAAUAUAUAACCCUUCUUGCUUACUCUAAACAGCAAAUGGGUGAAACAAUUUUAUAUAAUUCACUAAAGGUACCCUUGUACAUGUCUUCCUGAUGAUUCCGACGCCUCCUUCCCCGCUCAUGAUCUCCACAAGUUCUACAAAGGCAAAGGAGUCGUAUGUUUUCAAACCUUUGUGUGUUUAUUCCUGCAACAUUUUAGAGCAAUAAUAUUUUUCUGAAAAAAAAAACCUUCGAAAUGCUCAACAACCCUUGUGAUACUAGGUAGCAAUGUUCAAAACAGCAAAACAAAAAAACUAGCGAACAAGUAAUGCAGCAGCGCCACAAUUAUGUCACAAACAGAAAACCACUCUAGAAGAUAGGAGCCAGCUACAAAAACAGAAACCUUUAGAGGAUCAUCAGACGUUUGACAACGCAACUUUUUGAGAAACUAGGGUCAUCAGAGGUUUGAUGACACAACUUUUUGAGAAACUCAAGGUCCCUUUGCCACGCAUCAUUCAAAUGCAGAUCCCCUCGAGAUAGGUGGUAUGCAAAAGACAGACAGCCCAGGGAAGAAAAAAACACAGAGGACAGGUUUAUAUGACCCAUCCUCAGCACUGUUCUCUUCGACAAAACCUGCCCUCGUCCAAAGGUGUGAAAGGCGGUUGGUAAAAGUCAAGGUAGCCAAGAGGAGAGGAGAACUCUUCGCGGCCACCCUCAUUUCAAGGUCUCACUGAGAGAUAGACAAACUCUGUUUGGAAGUUGUAAUCUUCCCCUUUGCCCAAAGUUGCACCACUACCUAUUCCAAAGGUACAUUGGACAUAAUACCUGCACUUACCUGGCAUAGUGCUUAUGAAGAUUUCCACCCUCUCUGUGCACUUACCUGGAUGUGCCUCCUCAUUUCCAUCCUUUCAUCAGAUAUCAAUUCGUACAGGACACAUUUUGGUGAUAAGCCAAAAACUAUUAACACAGCGACCAAGCAAGCACGAGAGAGAGAGAGAGAGAGAGAGAGAGAGAGAGAGAGAGAGAGAGAGAGAGAGAGAGAGAGAGAGAGAUGGGAAUUCUCCAACCUCUCACAAUCUUCUCCCGAGGAUUACAAGCCCUCCCCCACACCAUCAAGAGGCCCACUUCAGCAUGCCUCCUCCAACAUUGAAAAUGCCACUUCAACACACCUCCUUCGACAUUGACGGCGUGUCCCACUUGGACAUUCAUGAACUUCCUAACAGGCUAAGGUAGGUUUGCCUCACAUUUCCCAAGUGCCAUUGACAAUACACUCAUCUCCCUAAACAUGAACUAUCCAUCAAUCGUUCCUGACAGGCUAGGUUUGCCUCACAAUCUUCUAUCGAGGCUUAAAAGUUAGAAGUGCAUCCUAAUCAUUUACUGACCUGGGUUAGGCUGACGGAGCGGGCCUGACAGACCGGGCCAGACAAACCGGGGGGGUGUCCGUCCGGCAAACCAGACGAGCCAAAAAAUGUCGGAGGAUUUUUUUUUUCUUUUUUCUUUUGAAGAUGGGGUUGGACUGCGCUCGCUGAGAGGAGCCCAAAUCCACAGAGAAACUUGUGAAAGACAUGUGUUGGGGGGGUGGCCGGGGGGGGGGAAGGAGUUUGAGGGGAGGAGGGAGGUGGGGGGUUGUCAACUUUUUAGAAGGGUGUGUUUCAGCAGCCAGUCCGCUGAGGGGAGGGGUUAGAAGAGGAGGAGGAGGAAGAAGAAGAAGAAGACGAAGAAAAAGAAGCAGCAGAAGAAGAAAAAACAAACUAAGAACGACGAGGAGGACAAGACAGAAGGAGGAGGAGGCCGAGGAGGAGGAGGAGGAGGUGGAGGACCUACUGGUGGUGUAUGUGGAUGACGGAAAAAGAAAGACAACGAGGAGGAGGAAGAGGAGGAGAGAAGGAGAAGAAUUAGUAGGUGGAGGAGGAGGAGGAGAGAAGAUGAAGACGAGAGGAGGAGGAGCAGCAGUAGGAGGAGGAGGAGAGAAGAAGAAGAAGACGAGAGGAGGAUAAGGAGCAAGAGGAGGACUUGCCGGUAGUGUAUGUGGAUGACAAAAAAUAAAAAAAAGAUGACGAGGAAGGAGGUCGAGGAGGAGGAGGUGGAGGGGGAGAGAAGGAGAAGAAUAAGUAGGUGGAGGAGGAUGAGAGAAAAAGAAGGCGAGAGGAGGAGAAGGAGAGAAGGAGAAGACCAGAGGAGGAGGAGCAGGAGGAGGAGGACCUGCCAGUGCUGUAUGUGGAUGACCAAAAAAAAAAAGAGACGAUGAUGAACAAGGUUGAGGAGGAAGAGGAGGAGGAAGAGGAGAGAAGAAGAAGAGGAGAGCAGGAGGAGGGAGGACCUGCCAGUACUGUAUGGGGAUGACGGAAGACAAAAAAAAGGACGAUGAAGGAGGAUGAGGAGAGAAGGAGAAGGCAAAAGUAGGUGGAGGAGGAGGAGGAGAGAAGAACAAGAACACGAGAGGAGGACGAGGAGGAGGAGAAGGACAAGGCGAAAGGAGGAAGAGGAGAGAAGAAGAAGAAGACGAGACAAGGAGGAGGAGAAGAGGAUGAAAAGGACCUGCGGGUUUCGUAUGGCGAUGACAAAAAAUAAAAUAAAAUAGAGGACGGGAGAGAGAGAGAGAGAGAGAGAGAGAGAGAGAGAGAGAGAGAGAGAGAGAGAGAGAGAGAGAGAGAGGAAUCCCAACCGUCAGUAGGUUAACCGCAGCAGGAUUUCACCGCAGCUCGCCUAUCCAGACACGUGCGCUUUUCAGCACACUGAUGUGGCCACGUGGCACUUCGCCGAAUAAACAAAUCCAAUGAAAUCGGGACGAGGAGAAGGGGAAGAAAGGAGGAGGAGGAGGAGAAGAAAGGAGGACGAGGAGAAGAAGGAAGGAGGCGGAGGAGAAAGGAGGAGAAGAAAGGAGGAGGAGGGGGAGCAGAAAGGAGGAGGAGGAGGGGGAGAAGAAAGGAGGAGGAGGCGGAGGCGGAGAGAAGAAGACAACAGGAGGAGGAGGAGGAGGAGGAGAGGAGAAGAAGAAUAGGAAAGGAGGAGGAGGAGGAGAGGAAGAGAAGAAGAGGAAGAACAGAGGUGGAGGAGGCUUCACGACCAUGGCUCACGGCCGCAGCGACGACAGGCGGGCAUCACGACCGCAGCGACAACGGGCUGGCUAGCGACGAUGGGCGGCUUCGCGACGGCAGCGACGACAGGCUUCGCAACAGGGAAUACCGCGCUAGAAUUCGAACGCGGCAUCGUAGCCCGCAAGAGGGGGAAAUGAAUUCUUGGCGGCUAAUCUCAGCCGAAAACCUCGCUUCCCCCACUCAAACUACUUGUACAUUAUCGUAGAUUCAGAAAGAGAAAUUUACCUGGUGUCGCCGGAGACUGGGGAGGCGACCAGUAGCCAAAAGAGACCUCCCCCACCCCCUGCGCGAAAUUGCACUGGCCUCGCCCGGCCCCAAACCGGGGGACCCAACCGGCCGGGCCGCCAGGGACCCCUGCCGGAACAUUCUGUCACAGGGCCUAUUCUUGUUCCCUCCCUUGCUAUCGAACAUCCACGCGACUGGUGCCUCCUCACUGCUCUGCAUGGUGAUUUUUCUCCCGACUGUCACGUCUUCAAUUUUCUGGCAGCUGCCCGGUACUGCCACCUUCCCCUGUGCAUGUCACGGCCUCAAGGCAUACAGGCUUUCUUUCCACUCUGUGACAGUCCAGUUUGUUAUAAUGAAGGUCUACAAACACU